AUGAACUCUUCAGCUGCUGUGCCCAUUAGGAAUGUUUCUUACAGCUCUAAUGAGGAUAUUAAUCAGAAUGUCUUUUAUCCAGAUGACAGUACCAGCAAUUACAUUCCACAGGCUUUGUUGCUUAUCUGUCCCAUGAAGCAGGCAUGGAAUGCAACUUGCGGAAACUUGUUGGCAGCCACAGUUACCAUGGAAAAGUACUACCUUUCCUUUUUUUAUGGAGCUGAGUUUGUUCUCGGAAUUCUUGGAAAUACUAUUGUAGUUUAUGGCUACCUUUUCUGUCUAAAGAACUGGAAUAGCAGCAAUAUCUAUCUCUUUAACCUUUCUUUUUCUGAUUUGGCUUUUUUGUGCACCCUUCCAAUGCUGAUGAGAAGUUAUGCCAAUGAAGCCUGGUUAUAUGGAUAUUUUUUCUGCAUAAGUAACAGAUAUGUUCUUCAUGCCAACCUCUACACCAGCAUUCUUUUCCUCACUUGUAUCAGCAUCGAUCGCUACUUGCUCAUGAAGCAUCCAUUCCGGCAACACUUUCUGCAGAAGAAAGAGUUUGCCAUUUUAAUCUCCUUAGCCAUUUGGGUUCUGGUAACCUUAGAGCUACUGCCCAUACUUAGUUUUAUACACAGGUAUGAGAAUAGCACCAAGUGUAAUGAUUAUGCAAGUUCUGGGGAUGCCAAAUACAAUCUCAUUUACAGCUUAUGUUUAACAUUCAUAGGGUUCCUCAUUCCUCUUUCUGUGAUGUGCUUUUUUUAUUUCAAGAUUGCUCGCUUUCUAAAGCAGAGGAACAGGCAGCUUGCUACCACACUGCCCUUUGAAAAGCCUCUCAACUUAGUCACCAUGGCAGUGAUCAUUUUCUCAGUGCUUUUUACUCCUUACCACAUUAUGCGGAAUGUGAGGAUUGCUUCACGUCUGGAUAGUUGGAAAUUGUCCCAGUGCACCAAGGACUUCAUCAAUGUCUUAUACAUUGUGACGCGACCUUUGGCCUUCAUGAACAGUGUCAUCAACCCUGUCUUCUAUUUCCUUAUGGGAGAUCAUUUUCGGGAGAUGUUGAUAAAUAAACUGAGAUACCAAUUCAAAUUCAUUACAACCUUUAGAAGAUAA